CAGCUGCUGAACGCGGCCGCGGUCGCCAGCAAGAGUUCCACGAAGGACGGGCUGCUGGACAAGUUCGGCUCGAGCUUCGGGGGGCAGCUGACGGACGCGGCCGCGAUGGUCGGCAAGGGCUUCACGGAGGGCGGGCCGACAUGCAAGCUGGAGGCCGAUGUCGGCGACGUCGGCGGCGACGACGGCAAACUCCGGGAAAAUGCGGCAGGGAAUUCGCGGCGCAUCGCUGCGAGCUCAGCCUGCGAAGGCCCAGCCUCGGCCGACCCUCGGCUCCCUCCCCGGCCCUGUGGCGAGGUGGCAGCGCGAGGCGAGGCCAGCGAAGAGGCAGAGGGCAGGGCCCGAACCGAACCCGUUCAGCCUCUCCCUCGACACUUUCGGGCUGCUGGGAGUCUUCGGGGCCUGCGACGUCGGGGUCGAAGGCUGCGAGGGGGUCUUCGGACUCUAAGCAGGAGGGCGAUGAGCAUGGCUCCGUGGACGUGA